CCAGUGAUGCCUGGUUUGCUUUCAGGACUACCAUAAGAUCAUUAAACAGCCGAUGGACAUGGGCUCCAUCAAGAGACGGCUGGAGAAUAACUACUAUUGCAGCGCCGGCGAAUGUCUGCAGGACUUCAAUACCAUGUUCACUAACUGCUACAUUUACAAUAAGCCCACAGAUGACAUUGUGCUGAUGGCACAGUCUCUGGAGAAGGUCUUCUUACAGAAAGUUGCCCAAAUGCCCCCGGAUGAGGUUGAGUUUCUCCCUCCGACUCCUAAAGGUAGAGGAGCUAAAACCAUUAAAGGUCGCAGAGGCCGAGGAGGAGGAAGUGUGCUGACGGCUCACCAGGUGCCGGCGGUGUCUCAGUCGGCGUACUCUCCUUCCUCACCCGAGACGCCAGAUUCACGGUUCUCCACUCCUCCACAGACCCUGCUGAGCAACACUGCUCCUCCCCCACCACUGAUGACCCCCCCACCCACUCAACCCACGGCAAAGAAGAAGGGCGUGAAGCGUAAAGCCGACACCACCACUCCCACUACUCUCGGCUUCCCCGUGACCUCGGCGGCUCGGAUGGGAGGAAUGGGAAAAGGUCACGGAUCGUCCGGAGAGAUUCCUCACUCUCUGUCCUCCACGGCUGUAAACUGCUCUCCCAGUACAGGAGUGAACGAGCCCACGCACCUCCAGCCCGCCUUGGGUCGACCCCUGUCCCGUCGGCCAAUCAAACCUCCCCGUAAAGACCUCCCCGAGUCCGUGCGACCCCAUCAGCCCUCGCGGCGCGGGAAGCUUAGCAAGCAGCUUCGCUACUGUAGCGGCGUCCUUAAAGAACUGCUGUCCAAGAAACAUGCGGCGUACGCCUGGCCCUUCUACAAACCCGUGGACACGUCAACACUGGGCCUGCACGACUACAACGACAUCAUCAAACACCCCAUGGACCUCAGCACCAUCAAGAGGAAGAUGGACGAGCGCGAGUACAGAGACGCCCAGCAGUUCAGCGCCGAUGUCAGACUCAUGUUCUCCAACUGCUACAAGUACAACCCUCCCGAACAUGACGUGGUCAGCAUGGCACGGAAACUGCAGGACGUGUUUGAGUUUCGUUUCGCAAAAAUGCCUGACGAGGUUUCGGAGGAAGAGGAAUUGUCUCCUAUUCCAUUGGGACGGAACAGGGGCAUGCUGGGAAUGCACCACUCCUCCUCUUCGUCGUCCUCCUCGUCCUCUUCAUCCUCCUCUUCCUCUUCGUCGGAGAGCGAGCCGAGCAGCGACAGUGAGCCGAGCUCGGACAGCGAGGAGGAGCGAGCUCAACGCCUGGCCCAACUACAGGACCAGGUGUGUACUCAGCUCAGAGCCGUGCACGAGCAGCUCGCCGCCCUCUCAUCUGGCCCGAUUGUCAAACCGAAAAGAAAACGAGAGAAAAAGAAGGACAAGAAGAAGAAAAAGAAGCCGGAGAAGCGCAGAGGAAGUCGGAGUGUGACUGAUGAACGGGACAAAGUGCCUAAAAGCAAAUCGAGCCGAGCGUCACUGUCAUCCACACAGAGCAAGAAAACCCCGGCGAAGAAAAGCAGCAAAAACAAGAACACAAAGAAAUCAGCCUCAUCAUCUCGUUUUGCGCCGGCCGCCACCGUGUGCUUGCCUCACUACGACUCUGAGGAAGAAGAGGACGGUCUUCCUAUGAGUUACGAUGACAAGCGGCAGCUCAGUCUGGAUAUCAACAAGCUUCCCGGGGAGAAACUGGGGCGCGUGGUUCACAUCAUCCAGUCUCGAGAGCCCUCGCUGCGGGACACCAACCCCGAGGAGAUCGAGAUCGACUUCGAAACGCUGAAGCCGUCCACGCUGCGCGAGCUGGAGCGCUACGUCAUGACCUGCCUGCGCAAGAAGCCCCGCAAACCGUAUGGUGAGCUGAGAUUUGAUGAUUUGGUGAAGAAGGAAGGAGGGAAGAGUCGAGAGGAACUGGCCCUGGAGAAGAAGAGAGAGCUGGAGAGGAGAUUACUGGACGUGAGCGGACAACUGAACUCUGCCAAGAAACCCCAGAAACCCAAAGUGGAGAAGCCCAGCGUUGUGGACCCUCACACAGCGUCGUCACGUCUCAGCGCCAGCAGCUCCAGCUCAGACUCUUCCUCAUCCUCCUCUUCCUCAUCCUCAUCCGACUCCAGCGACUCCGACUCCAGGUGAAGCAGCGGGAACUGGGAAUUCUGGGAAGCGUUCAGACCCGUGGUCCUCCUUACACACGCGUUGUUUUCCGUGCUCCUGAUCCCAGGAACUCUGUGUUUACUUCAGUGUAAAAAAGAAAAAAGAAAAAAAGAUGUAUAUAUCGUGUAGGAUGAUUUUUUUUCUUUUAUAAAGAAGACUUUUACCAAAACGCCCAUAAUGGGAAACUCCGAUGAGAAUGUGUUAUCAUAACUACUUUUCUUAGUUGAUGAAAUGGCUUGUUGUUUUGUUUUGCUUCCAUUUAAUUUACAUUUAUUGCUUCUGCUUUGAAUAUCCGGGCCGGUAGUUGGACGUCGUUUUGAGCAAACAAAACAUAUAAAAGAUGCACGAUUUCAUGGGCAGAAAAUAAGAACUACUUUGCAUUGGCUUUAAAGAGUUUGGGUUUCUGUGCGACGAUGCAAUAGACUGUGUUGGGGUUUGUUUUGUAUGUACAGUAUGAUAUAAUAUUCCACAUUUCCGUACGGUUUGCAGUGAGUGAGUGAAACUGCUCUC